CCAAGAGAGCGAUCAUCUUGCUAGAACCCACCACUUUGGAUCAUUCCGCCAUCUUCAACCUCACCGCCUCUAUGUGAUAUUAUAUACCCAUCUCGAUGCUCGUUUUCUUCUCUCCUCUGUUUCUGCUGCCACCUCCUGUUUGCUCUACAGUGAUUUUUCUUUGCUGGGUUUUUUUUGAUGCAGGGGAGUUUUAGGGUAAUCUCUGGGGCACAGAUAAUUUUAGGACCUUGGGGUCACCGGAGGUCACCGGUUUUAAAAGAUUAUCUUCCCUGCAAACAGGAAAGUAACAUUUUGUUACAUAAUGGAGCAUAAUGAGACAGGAUGCCAAGUUCCUCUUGACGCCCCCAAGCUUUGUGCCAAUGGUUGUGGAUUCUUUGGAACUGCAGCAACUAUGAACUUGUGUUCUAAGUGCCACAAAGAUUUUGUAUUGAAGCAAGAACAGGCUAAGUUUGCAUCAUCAUCCCUCAAGUUUGAUGCAAAUGGUAACUCCAGCAGCAGUGGGAAUGAGCCUUUUGUUGGUGGAGAUCUACCGGAUAUUUUGACGGAGUCUUUGGUCAGCUCAAGCCUGGCAUCCUCUGCUUCAACACUGAACAUGGGUGGUGAUACUUCGGUGAAAGCAGGUCCAACUAGGUGCAGCACUUGCAAGAAACGUGUUGGUUUAACUGGUUUUAGUUGUCGCUGUGGAAGUAUUUUCUGUUCAGUUCAUCGCUACUCGGACAAGCAUGGUUGCACCUACAAUUAUCAAACUGCUGGACGGGAUGCUAUUGCCAAGGCCAACCCUGUUGUGAAGGCCGAGAAGCUUGAUAAAAUCUGAGACGUGGAUUGCAGCUCGAGGAAGGUAUUACAUUAUGCUUUGUAUGCCAUGCACAAGGCUUCUGUCCAGUUUCGCAGCUUGCAUCAAGAUGUUUCGUCUUGAAAGGUUGAAUAACAUAUGAUCUUGCAUCUUUCCAACUAUUAGCCCUAGAUGUCCUAAAUGUUAGAUGUUAAGGAUGUGUUACUUGGCCCUACGUUACUUCUUGCUAAGCUUGCUAAAUGAAAGGCACGCAAAGGUAUGCUUGUGGUUUGCUGUUUCAUUUCA